CUCCUGGAGUGCGCCCUUGAGAAUGUUCACCAGCAUGGCUGGACCGUGCAGGCGCUGUCUACCGCCGCCAUGUCGAUGGGGCUGUCUCCGAGCAUCCAUGGCAUCUUCCCCAGCGUGACUUGUACUACCAGAGGAGCUGUCGAGCUAGUGGAGUUCUUUCAGGAGAAAUGCCAUGCCGAGUGGCUGACAGAGCUGAGGGCUAUGGACACGUCGACUAUGAGCUAUCCAGACGUCCUGACAAAAAUUCUCUUCAUGCGCCUCGUGAAACUCGCUCCAUACGUCAGCUCUUGGCCGCAGGCCAUUGCUAUCCUCGCCUUCCCCAGCAACCUUCCUGGAGCCGUUGCUACUUUGGCUCGAACAAGCGACGUCGCAUGCGUGCAGGCAGGUGACGGGAAUGUGGAUGCAAGCUGGUUCAGCAAGCGGAUUGCGGUCGGGGGCCUCUACGUCGGAGCAGAGUUCUACAUGCUCACCGACUACUCGGAGGAUUUCAAAGACACAGAAGACUUCAUUCGACGACAGGUCUCC